AUGGCUCAAGGUCAGAAUUCCACCCAUGGAGGGUCGAGGAAGAUUUCGUUCAAUGUAUCGGAUCAGUAUGAUAUUCAGGAUGUGAUUGGAGAGGGAGCGUAUGGCGUUGUUUGCUCUGCGCUACACAAACCAUCGGGCCAGAAAGUCGCCAUCAAAAAAAUCACUCCGUUUGACCACUCCAUGUUUUGUCUUCGAACUCUCCGAGAGAUGAAGCUGUUAAGAUAUUUCAACCAUGAGAACAUCAUUUCGAUCCUCGAUAUUCAGAGACCUCGUAGUUACGACAGCUUUACCGAGGUCUAUCUCAUCCAAGAACUGAUGGAAACUGACAUGCACCGAGUGAUCCGCACACAAGACUUGUCCGACGACCAUUGCCAAUAUUUCAUUUACCAGACACUGCGCGCACUGAAAGCGAUGCACUCAGCCAAUGUCUUGCACCGAGACUUGAAACCUUCGAAUCUUCUACUCAACGCCAACUGCGACUUGAAGGUUUGCGAUUUUGGUCUGGCUCGUUCGGCGGCUUCUACCGACGACAAUUCUGGUUUCAUGACUGAAUAUGUUGCCACACGUUGGUACCGUGCUCCUGAAAUUAUGUUGACCUUCAAAGAGUACACCAAGGCGAUCGACGUAUGGAGUGUGGGAUGUAUCCUGGCAGAAAUGCUUAGCGGAAAACCCUUAUUCCCAGGCAAGGACUACCACCACCAACUCACUCUGAUCCUCGACGUACUCGGCACGCCAACCAUGGAAGAUUACUACGGAAUCAAAUCUCGCCGUGCUCGUGAAUACAUUCGAUCUCUCCCAUUCAAGAAGAAGAUUCCUUUCAAACAUCUAUUCCCGAAAACCACCGACCUCGCGCUUGAUCUUCUAGAGAAGUUAUUGGCCUUCAACCCUGCCAAGCGUAUCACGGUCGAGGAAGCUUUGCGUCAUCCGUACCUCGAGCCAUACCAUGACCCUGAUGACGAGCCCACUGCGGAUCCCAUCCCAGAAGAAUUCUUUGAUUUCGACAAGAACAAAGAUACCCUCAGCAAAGAACAACUGAAACUCCUAAUUUACGAAGAAAUCAUGCGAUAG